AUGCCUGCCCCCGGUGAUGCUGGGUAUGGAAUUUGGCUGGACAAUUUUUAUUGUGGUGUGCGAUCCAUGGCUCCGUUUGGUGUGUGGCUCCCUUGGCAGGAGGGUGUGACCUUAGCUGCAGCCUUUGGCUUCACAGAGAAUGUAUGCUUUGAAUGCGCUGACACCUGGUUGCAGCUGGAUGCUCUGGGAUUUGACCCUCCAAGGCGGUCUGGAGAUGGCAGCGGCCGGGCAGAUGUGCAGCGGAUUCGCUUGCUCUACAAGCGUGAUUUACACGGAGAUGAUGGGCUCGUUAUAGUUUCCUGUGACGAGGAGGAUGUCAUCUCCCCGCAGCAUGCUCCACCAAACGUAUGUAGACGCUGGCGUUCAGGUGCAUUAGGGCCCAUUGCGGGUGUUGAAGUUGACCUUGCAUUGCCGCGGGCGCUGGAUGAGCAAAAUGUUCGUCUCUUGCUUGUCUAUACUGGCACCUGUACAGUCAAGUUGAUCAAGAACGUCCGCCUGAAAAUUUGCCGCCAGACAUUCCGCUAUGGGCUUGGGAGUUGUUUUCAAAACCCAGAUUUCAUUGGGCUGAGGCUCGGGUUCAAGCGUUGCAAGAAUCUUGUUUGCAGACGCUGCAGGCCGCAGACCGCAAAUUAUCCGUACCUGAUUAGCGCCGCCCUGGCUUCGUCCACUGCGACCUGUGGGUCUCAAUGGCACGGACGAUAUUGUGCUCUCAAUCGCAAGAAACUUCCAGAAAGCAAGCCAGUUUGGUUGCAUGGAGUCGAUAUCACGCUUGGGACUGCAAAGGCAAAUCCGACAAAUAUCACCAUGAUACCACGCAUUGACAAGUGCUCUCCGGUACCCAAGCCGCGCCAUCAAGUUCAAGUUGUAGGAGUUAGCUUCCUAGACAUGGCCACGUGUGAAGUUUGUGGAGAUGGUUUCGCAGACGAUGCAGAAAAACACUUGUGCUCCCCGAGCCGAGACUCUUGCUCGCACGUGUGCCACGCGGAUUGCUUGCAGCAAUACCGAUUAAAGCAGGGCUGCCCUAUGCAUGACUGCCCAUUCUGUCUUCAGAAUGAAGAUUCCCAGGAAGAGGCUGAUGAUGCCGCUUUGCAAGAGAUGGAGAUUGAGGCAGCAAUGGAAGCAGAGGCUGUGGCUGAGGGGGUAAAAAGAAAGACCAGAGAAGAGGCAGCUUCGCCUGUCCGUGCGGGUGGGGGCCCAGCGGGCAAGAAGUUAGCAACCAACGCAAGCCCGCCAGCAGGACAACGCAGCCCAGUGCCGCCCACCCAAAGGUCCCCAAGCCCAGAAAGCCCUCCCUGCACACAGGGUGGAAGUGAAGCAGCCCGCUUGUCCAUUCCAAGCUUUGGGAUUGACAUCUACGACGACCUGGGUCGGACCAGCAAGGCAUCUACCACGGUGAAGGAUCCUAUGCACGACGCCAUGUCGGAGUACUUGGCUUGCAGGGAUGAAGCACAAAGCCUUUCGUUGCUUCACACCAAGAGCACAUAUCAAGGGCUUGGAAGCCCAGAGGCUUCUUAUCAAACCGUUCUGAAUGCAGCCUUGAAAGCCCCCAGGGACCACCACGCUGUGGCAUCAGACUUUGCCUUCAGAACUCGAGAAGUGCUGCCCGUGCCUUUCGAAGUCAGCUUGAGAACCAUUGCCCGCAAGGAAGGCACGCGGCUUCGAUUGCAGCCUGAUGAGGAGCACCGACGUGGCUGCGUAGUCCAGAUUGUUUGCGCAGGUGACCCCAGCAUGCGCAAGAGUUAUUUGAAGGAUUUUACCUGCAAAAAGCUUCUUUCCCAUGCAGAUGUCCCUGCUGUCAUCAAGGCAGGUGGCGCCACAUGCACGGAUGCCACCAUCAAGGGUCUUCGUGCUUCUAUCAAGAAUAUGCCCGAGCUGGCAUCAUUUCGGAUGAGAUUGCCACAACAAUAUGCCAUGACAUCCGGGAGGGAGACCCGACACUCAGGUCUGCAUUACGGCAACAAAGAAAAGAUGUGCACUUGGCUGAACUGCGAAGAUGACAAGACAGUGACUGGAGAUGGUGCCACGGCGCUGACUCAUUACACCUUCGUUCACCAAGUGUAUGGACAGGUGUCGCUUUGUGAGUAUGUGCUCCAACCGACUGCAAGCAUGUUUUGCAAGAGAAUCCAUGCGACGUGGCAAACAAGGCCAGUGACAAGUGACCCUGAUCAGCAGAGCCAGUCCAGCAAAGAGUUCCUGAUUGACUUCUUUGGUUGGAUGGGGCGCGUGGCAAGCAACCAGGACAAAGACCACUAUUUUGACAAGUUCGCCUUGCCCGUGCUCAGGAAGGCUUUGCAGGGCCCGAGCGCGUUGGCCCUUGAUAGGAUCAUAGAUGAGUUUGCCGUUGAGAUGACCAUCUUCGAUUUGGGACAUGCCUUGCAUAUCUGGCGUCGCCAAAUGUGCUUGUGGUUUGCCUUCUAUCGCUCCAAGCAAGUCCAAGCCUUGGUAGGCCCCAAAGCAGUGCCAGAUGUCAAGCCCCCAGGACUUGCAGAUUUGGAUGCCAAGAUGAAAUUGCAGCGAGUCAUUCUGUCCAAUCCUCGAUGUGCUGGUCCAACCUCCACUGCGCACAUUCGCUCUGUUCUGAAGUACCACUUUCAGAAGGAGAAAGAGGAAAAACCAGCAAAGUACGUCUUGGCAGCAGUCAAAGACCUCUUGAAAGUUGGCAUCUUGCAAGAGGUUGACAAGAAGGAAGUGGAAGAACAGGCGCCCAAACUUAAGGACAAGAAAAGCGCCAAGAGCAAGGAGGCCACGCUAAAGAGCGAGCCACGAGGCCCGCCAGGUGGCCACGCUGUCCUGUACUACCAGACAUGUGCCUGGGAGGGCCUUUUGACUAAUUCGGAAGCUCAAGACAUGAUUGCCAAGCUUCAACUGAGUGCCAAUGAUUUCAAGUAG